CCUACGUGGUUUCUCAUUUACAGAUAACACUGUUGUGUGCUGUAAAAGUAAAAAACACCACACAAUACUGAAAGCAUUUCAAAGGAUAGCACUUGUUUGUAUGUUUGUUUCGUUCGUAUGAGAAAUGGCGACGAGCUUGGUGCUGGCAAGUGCUCCAAAGGCUUGGGUUGAUAGUAGCAGGGACACCCAAUUUGCAGAGCAUAGAUUGGGCUCUGUAGAUUGCCUCACUUACAGGCUUUCGUUUUCUACCACACACAAAAAGAGGAGCUUUGUACCAUUAGCGACUUCUUCUUCUUCUUCUUCUCCGGCGUCGCCGUCUUCGUUUUCUGCCAAGAACAAGCUCUAUGUCAGUGGUCUUUCGUUUCGUACCACCAAAGAAAGUCUGCGAAAUGCUUUCCAAAAUUUUGGACAACUUGUAGAGGUCAAUUUGGUGAUGGAUAGGAUAGCAAAUAGGCCAAGAGGAUUUGCAUUCCUACGCUAUGAAACCGAGGAGGAAUCUCAAAAGGCUAUCGAUGGAAUGCAUGGAAAGUUUCUGGAUGGCAGAGUGAUAUUUGUUGAAAAGGCAAAAACCAGAUCAGAGCUGCGGCAAUCCCUCAAACAGAACCCAGGACGGUAUUAA